AUGGAGGAAAAGCAGCUGUAUGGCGCUCUCACGGUAUAUCGUGAAAGAGGAGCUUACUUACGUCGACUCGAACAGUUUGAGAAGGCGAAAGCUUCCUAUGAUGAAGCAUUCAAGAGUAACUCCGAGGAUGUGCGCACACUGACGGGCCGCAGUCAGGUAUGCGCUGACGCCGUGCGGCCUGUACAAGCAUACGCUGACGCGGAGCUGGCGCUCAAACUAUCGCCCGGCAACAUGAACGCACGCAAUAUGCAGUCUCGUGCCAUGUAUACCAUGUCUGACUUCGAACGGUCUGUCGUUAUGAAUUUUCGAGGACUUCGCCUUCGACGCCAACCACCUUACUUCAUGGAAGGCAUCAAUCAGGGAGUUGAAACUAUUCAAGAUUGUAUCGGAAUAAACGCCGGUAAUGUUAUGUUAGACUUUCUGCCACUCAUUAAACAACUAGAAGCAGCACGUCCGGAUGAAAAUGAGCCUCAAAAAGUUUUACAUGUGAGCCGUAUACCUAAAAUGGAACGUAAACGAAAGCUAACUCAAAUGGAAGCACGUAAGCAUAGCACCUUAGCUCGAGUACUCGCUAUGAAAUAUCUCGGACCAAUGGCUUACGAUAAAUUUUUCCUUCAAGAGUUAUAUGACGAUCCUCGUCUCAUAUCCGCAAAUGCAGGUGGAAGUCAGGAACUAAGAGAACUUGUAAAAGAAGCUUUACGAUCUCUCAGUGAAAGACAAGAGAUGCUGCGAGCACAGAGACCAUACUACACAAUUAAAUUAGCUGAAAAAGCGGAAUCUAAACACCAGACCAAGUACAAGGAGGCUGUCCUUAUCCAAGAACGCGAAACUGGAGCUAAGACUGCAGAGCGCUUAUUGAAACAGAUUGAAAAGAGCAUGCGUGAACAUCGCGUCAUGGAUCUUAUGUCACAAGCGAAGCGCAUGCAAAUGUUCCUUGAUGUAAAGACUCCGAGAACGUUACCGGACAAAGAAAUUUAUACUGAUCGUUUGUACAGAGCAGUAGGAGAAGGAUAUCUGUCACAACAUCGUCUGUCUUACACACUCAGCGAGCGUGGAAAUCGCCGCCGUAUUGCAUUCCUCAUGGGCCUACCUGUUGGCCGUCCAACUUCUUUCGAUUCUGUUAUGGCGAAUUAUCCUUACAAGUUCAUUGAUAUUAAACAAGCCACUGAAAAAGUUAUGUUGACUUUGGAUAUGUGUGAAAAUUCAACUAUGAAAUGUUGGUUAAUGUAUGAACUUGCGAGGUUACUUUCCAUGCAAAAGAAUUUCGCUCUCGCAAAAUUUUAUGCUAAACGGUGCCAGAGAGAGGCUCAAGAAUUGGGAAAUAUAACUUGGUGGUUAAAUGGUUGCUUCAUUUUAAUGAGCGGUGACAUGCAACAAGGCAAUGCAAAUGAAGUACGUAUAGAAGUCGAAGAGGCUUUAGAGUGGUCUAAAAAGCUGCAAGAUCCAGAGAGAGUGCAAGCUUUCCUGGCAAAAUGCGCAGAAAUGGCCAUGGAAACAGUUACAGGAGAUGACCGUAAGGCUAUAACGACGCGUGAACGACAGAUCAUGGCAGUGAUGGACCCAGAGACGCGUGUAGAGACACAGGUGCUGUUUAAGCGCAUGUCGACCGUACCUGUCGGCCGACGCUUCUCCGUAUUGCCACGGCGGUCGGAUGUUGCUGGCGAUACUCGCUCUGAACGUAAGAGGCGUCGUCAACGUGGUCUAACCGUAGUCCCCGGCCCUGAACAAGAACUACGCGCAGCUCCCAAGUCAGAUGUAGCCGGUUACCAAUUAUUUGACAUAUAA